AUGGCUACUGGGACGAAGGCGCCUCAGCCUUCCUCCAUUCCCAAGGGACCUCAGCCUUCCUCCAUUCCCAAGGGACCUCAGCCUUCCUCCAUUCCCAAGGGACCUCAGCCUUCCUCCAUUCCCAAGGGACCUCAUACUUCCUCCAUUCCCAAGGGACCUCAGCCUUCCUCCAUUCCCAAGGGACCUCAGCCUUCCUCCAUUCCCAAGGGGCCUCAUACUUCCUCCAUUCCCAAGGGACCUCAGCCUUCCUCCAUUCCCAAGGGGCCUCAGCCUUCCUCCAUUCCCAAGGGACCUCAGCCUUCCUCCAUUCCCAAGGGACCUCAGCCUUCCUCCAUUCUCAAGGGGCCUCAAACUUCCUCCAUUCCCAAGGGACCUCAGCCUUCCUCCAUUCCCAAGGGGCCUCAUACUUCCUCCAUUCCCAAGGGACCUCAGCCUUCCUCCAUUCCCAAGGGACCCCAGCCUUCCUCCAUUCCCAAGGGGCCUCAUCCUUCCUUCAUUCCCAAGGGGCCUCAUCCUUCUUCCAUUCCCAAGGGGCCUCAUCCUUCCUCCAUUCCCAAGGGGCCUCAUCCUUCCUCCAUUCCCAAGGGGCCUCAUCCUUCUUCUGUUCCCAAGGGGCCUCAGCCUGGUUCCAUUUCCAAGGGGUCUCAGCCUUCUUCCAUUCCCAAGGGGCCUCAGCCUGGUUCCAUUUCCAAGGGGCCUCAUCCUUCCUCCAUUCCCAAGGGGCCUCAGCCUUCCUCCAUUCCCAAGGGACCUCAGCCUUCCUUCAUUCCCAAGGGGCCUCAUCCUUCCUCCAUUCCCAAGGGGCCUCAUCCUUCCUCCAUUCCCAAGGGGCCUCAUCCUUCUUCUGUUCCCAAGGGGCCUCAGCCUGGUUCCAUUUCCAAGGGGCCUCAGCCUUCUUCCAUUCCCAAGGGGCCUCAUACUUCUUCUAUUCCCAAGGGGCCUCAGCCUGGUUCCAUUUCCAAGGGGCCUCAGCCUGGUUCCAUUUCCAAGGGGCCUCAGCCUUCUUCUAUUCCCAAGGGGCCUCAGCCUGGUUCCAUUCCCAAGGGGCCUCAGCCUGGUUCCAUUUCCAAGGGGCCUCAGCCUUCCUCGAUUCCCAAGGGGCCUAAGACUUCCUCCAUUCCCAAAGGGGCCUCAUACUUCUUCUAUUCCCAAGGGGCCUCAGCCUUCUUCUAUUCCCAAGGGGCCUCAGCCUGGUUCCAUUCCCAAGGGGCCUCAGCCUGGUUCCAUUUCCAAGGGGCCUCAUACUUCUUCUAUUCCGAAGAGGCCUCAGCCUGGUUCCAUUUCGAAGGGGCCUCAGCCUUCUUCCAUUACCAAAAGGCCUCCUUCCUCUAUUCCCAAGGGCCCGCAUCCUUCCUCCAUUCCCAAGGGCCCCCAGCCUCCCUCCAUUCUCAAGGGCAUUCUUUUACUUCAGCCCUGGUGUGA